AGAGACUAAACGUAGGAACCUUUCUCUGCGGAACAGAAGUUUAAUUUCCUAUUUUCAUGAGGUUUAUUUAACCGCUGAACCUUCUACUCAUAACAACACGGCUGUCAUGGUAGUCAUUUUGAUGCGCUGAUUUGUUUCCUUUUUAACAUUAGAAGUUCAUUAAACUAUCCUAAACACGCAGUUUCGUAGCUAACGUGAUUAGCCGCUAGCACUGAUAGCUUCUAUGAAGUCAAGCUGACGUAAUUCUAAGAAGUUAUGACGUUUGGACUUUUAUCGCCGCUACAAUGUAGUCGACUGCUUAACAGUUUAGGCAGAGCACACUCACAGACGGUCAGACUUCGACGCUUCUCAGAAAAGUUCCCUUCUAACGAGCACAUCAGAAGAUUUAUAUCAGAAAAUACGGAGCUAGCUGGUGAACAGAGCCUGACCCCCGAGAUGAAACUGAGAUUAUUUACUCCUGGCUGCAGAUUCUGGACAGAAAGAGCAGAGCUGUGGCCUUUUGAUGACCCAUACUGGGCGAUUUAUUGGCCUGGAGGACAGGCGCUGUCAAGGUACUUAAUGGAUCACCCUGAUGUGUGUAUGGGGAAGGCUGUUUUGGAUCUGGGGAGCGGCUGUGGAGCUUCAGCCAUCGCUGCCAAAAUCUGUGGUUCUGCUCAUGUGGUGGCCAAUGACAUCGACCCACUCGCAGCCGUUGUGACUCAGAUGAACUCUGAACUGAACAAAGUUGAGCCUCCAGUUUGUUUGACCAGCAACAUGAUUGGUUCAGACCCAGAGGGCUUCGACUUGAUCCUCCUAGGGGACAUGUUCUAUGACGAGUGCCUCGCUGACAGCCUCCACAGCUGGCUGGACAGCUGCAUCAAAACCCACAGAACCAAAGUGCUCAUCGGAGAUCCUGGACGAGCCCCGUUUGAGGGACAUGAUGUACGAAAACAUCUGCAUCACCUGGCCCGGUUUGAGUUACCUGAGUGUGUGAGGGAGGAGAACUAUGGCCUAACCACCAGCGACGUGUGGCGUUACCAUCCUGAACUCUGAGAAGUUCAGAGGAUGCACCACAACAUGCGAUAAACAUGUGAUGACCAGCCUUUGUAUAAAAGUGGAUGCAUGGAGCAGAUCAGACUGAGCCUUGGACCGUGUGCCUCAUUUGCAUUUGUUUCCUUUGCAGGCAAGUUGAAAAAAAAAAUCAGAUUCAAAGACAAUCAGAGAUGCUCCCACUUGUUUAUUUAAGACAACAGACAAUUUCAGUGAUUUAUUUGUUCGGUAAUAACUGAGCAGGAAACUCGUGGCUUGAGACUCUGAGUGGCUGCCGGAGCAAAUCUGACUGUGAAAGCUCCCCUCUUCCUCACACCAGAGACUGGAGUUUGAUUAAUGAUCUGGUGAUCUGGUCUACAUGUUGACAUAAAGCUAAGUUGUUCUAGUUUGCUUUGCCUUAAUACCUUAAGCUUUUGUUUUACCUUUUUUCAUUUGUUGGUUCAAAGCCAGGCUUUUCCAUUAGACAGUGUGGGUCUUUGAAGAGCAAGUAAUGCCUAAAUUAACUUUUUGUUGAUAAUUUGUUUUGAUGAGUGUCUAAUGGUGCUGCACACAUGUGCAAUCAUUAGUGUGGCAGUUUAGUGCAGCUCACUUUAAAUGUAAUAUUUCAGCCCAAAACCAUGAUUAUAUCUUCAUCUUCUGGUUAAAACUCUGCUCCACAUUUAUGUAGAGCCAGCUGUGGCUGAUGAGCUGGAAAAAGUGACGUUAUCAGCAAAGUACUACGUGGCUGCGCUGCACUGGUCUCCAGGUGAGGCAGCCGCACCUCCACCUGGCUCAGCCACUCACCUGCCGAUUUGACACAUCGGCUCUCUGAGCCGCUCGCCUCUUUGAAAAAAAAUGCCCUCCUCCCCUUUUUCAUCUAAUGAUCGUGAUUAACAGGAAAUCCUCCAGAAUGCUGCAGAAUCUGUUUGCUUUUCUCCUGAGCGGUAAGUCUUGUGCGAGUGUGAGUGAGCACGAGCUCGUUAACAACUCGUUUUUAGAUUGAGAUACAGAAAUGUUCGGUUUUCCCAAACCUCGUGAUUUUCCAACAGCAUUAUAGCAGAAUCACAAGUUGGCCAAGUCUUUGACAUAACAGAUAUAUAUAUAUAUAUUUUAUUACUUAUUUUUUAUUCAAGUUUUCUUUCAGCGGUUACAGUGUAAGGGUACUUCAUUCAUACGUUAUUACACAUUUGCUCUCUUAUCAACGUCCUUAUUCUUCGGCAUCUGUGGUGGCAUCUUCUUUUCGGCUUUGGUAGUCAGACUACUUGUCCCAUUUAGCCUCAAAUUGUGACUCUUGUAAUCUCAGUUUAUGUGUGAUUUUCUCCAUUACAAAAAUCUCUUCUACCGUGCAUGUCCAUUGUUCCACAGUCGGAGGGUCUACUUUAUACCACAUUCUGGUAAUUGUUUUUUUAACCCUUUGGUGCAUGAUGGUCACUACAGUGGACAGGUACUCAAAAUUGUUAUUUAUUUGUUUUUGCUAUUAAGCACAGCUGUUGAAGACUUUAUUGUAUUUGAGCCCCUCCAUUUGGACUUCAGUAAGUCAAGCCAACAUAUUUCAUGUUCAGAAUGCACGUGGUCCACUAAGGUGGACCUGUAAUAAAUUAUUUGUAAAUUAUAAAAUUUUACAAAAAAUAUUUGUUGAAAUUUGUUUCAUUCACACCUAAAGAUGAAUGAAAAAAAUUGUUAAAAAAAUCAUGGCUGAAGAUUUCAUAAUUCAUGCAUCAAAGGGUUAAUGGCUGAGAGUAAUCCUUUAACUAGAUAUUCAUCUUCUUUUUGUAUUAUAUCUCGUUAAAUUUCCCAAGUAUAGUAUCUUACAUGUUUUUGGUAUCCCAUAUCCUAUUAUUUUUUGUAUGUUCCUCCAUAGACAUAACAGAUAUGUUCACAGUUGGCCUUAACUUGGCAGUUGAACUUUGAGAAUCGAUAGCCCUGUUGUUAGAAGUCUGGACCUCUCCGGUCAUUAAUUUAUUUAAUAAACAGUUCUCGUGAGCAAUUUA